GGCGCUCUUCAACCGGAUGUGUGCAUGUCGUUGUCAUAUGAAUUCAUGGUUCACGUUGUAUCACAUUGCCGUGGCAGCAUUUCUAGCUACAACAUGGGAAUUGGGGACGACAAGUGACAGUGUGAUGACUGUAUAUCAAGUUUAGUGUAAAACAACAGUGUAGAAAAGAACAGUUUAUGUGCGGGAUCUUAUCCUAGAUCUGUAUUUCUGCCGGAAGUUGGCGGGGGCAAACAGAAGUCACGAUGGUGAAAGAGCAGUUUAGAGAGACUGAUGUGGCCAAAAAAAUAAGCCACAUCUGUUUUGGGAUGAAGUCGGCUGAGCAGAUGAGACAGCAGGCUCAUAUCCAAGUGGUCAGUAAGAACCUGUACAGCCAGGACACCAGCCAUACUCCUCUACCAUACGGAGUACUGGAUCAUCGCAUGGGCACCAGUGAGAAGGAUCGUCCAUGUGAGACGUGUGGGAAGAACCUGGCUGACUGUCUGGGACACUAUGGAUAUCUGGAUCUGGAGAUGCCCUGUUUUCAUGUGGGCUAUUUCAAAGCCAUCAUUGGAAUCCUACAGAUGAUCUGUAAGACGUGUUCUCACAUCAUGCUGACCAAAGAGGAGAAACUACAGUUUAUGGAUGUGUUGAAGAGGCCAGGCCUAGCGUACCUCCAGAAACGAGGAAUGAAGAAGAAGAUAUCCGACAAAUGCCGCAAAAGGACAAUGUGUCUCAAUUGCUCCACGUUAAAUGGACCAGUGAAGAAGUGUGGCUUGCUGAAGAUCCUCCAUGAGAAAUACAAGACAACCAAGAAAGUGGUGGACACUGUAGUAUCAGACUUUCUCAACUCAUUCGAUAUCGCAAUAGAACACAACAAAGAAGUGGAGGGCUUGCUUAACAGGGCUCAGGAGAACCUGAGUCCUCUGGUGGUGUUGAACCUGUUCAGGAGGAUUCCAGCGGAGGACAUUCCCCUGCUCCUGAUGAACCCUGAGGCAGGUAAGCCUGCAGACCUCAUCCUCACCCGUCUGCUGGUACCCCCACUCUGCAUCCGCCCCUCUGUCAUCUCAGACCUCAAGUCAGGUACUAACGAGGAUGACCUCACCAUGAAGCUCACAGAGAUCAUCUUCCUCAAUGAUGUCAUCAAGAAGCACCGUAUGUCAGGGGCCAAGACCCAGAUGAUCAUGGAGGACUGGGACUUCCUCCAGCUGCAAUGUGCUCUCUACAUCAACAGUGAGCUCUCUGGCAUCCCCCUCAACAUGGCCCCUAAGAAGUGGACCAGAGGCUUCGUUCAGAGACUCAAGGGCAAACAAGGGCGAUUCCGUGGAAACCUCUCGGGGAAGAGAGUGGAUUUCUCUGGGAGAACGGUCAUCUCUCCGGACCCCAACCUGCGGAUCGAUGAGGUGGCUGUCCCUGUGCACGUAGCCAAAAUCCUGACCUACCCGGAGAAGGUGAACAAGGCCAACUUGGAGAUGCUGAGGAAGCUGGUGCGUAGCGGUCCUGAGGUCCAUCCUGGAGCCAACUUCAUCCAGCAACGACACACGCAGAUGAAGAGGUUUCUGAAGUACGGGAACCGAGAGAAGAUGGCCCAGGAGCUGAGGUUUGGAGACGUGGUGGAGAGACACAUGAUCGAUGGAGACAUCGUCCUCUUCAACCGACAGCCCUCUCUACACAAACUCAGCAUCAUGGCUCAUAUUGCCAAAGUGAAGCCUCACAGAACGUUCCGGUUCAACGAGUGUGUGUGCACGCCGUACAACGCUGACUUUGACGGGGACGAGAUGAACCUUCACCUUCCCCAGACAGAGGAGGCCAAGGCUGAAGCCCUGGUGCUGAUGGGGACCAAAGCCAACCUGGUGACCCCCAGAAACGGAGAGCCUCUGAUUGCUGCUAUUCAAGACUUUCUGACAGGAGCCUACCUGUUGACCCUGAAGGACACUUUCUUCGAUAGGUCUAAAGCCUGCCAGAUAGUGGCCUCUAUCCUGGUGGGGGUGGAUGAGAGGAUCAAGAUAGCUCUCCCACACCCUGCCAUACUCAAGCCCAUGACUCUGUGGACAGGGAAGCAGAUCUUUGGUCUGAUCCUGAAGCCCAGUAAGGCCUGUCCAGUCAAGGCCAACCUGAGGACCAAGGGGAAACAGUACAGUGGCAAAGGAGAGGACCUCUGCAGCAACGACUCCUUCGUGGUGAUCCAGAACAGUGAGUUGAUGUGUGGUACCAUGGAUAAGGGCACGUUGGGCUCUGGCUCCAAGAAGAACAUAUUCUACAUCCUGCUGAGAGACUGGGGGCAGCUGGAGGCAGCCAACGCCAUGUCUCGCCUGGCCCGCAUCGCGCCUACAUACCUCUCCAAUCGGGGUUUCUCCAUCGGUAUUGGUGACGUGACCCCAGGCCAGGGUCUGUUGAAGGCCAAACAGGACCUGCUGGAUGGAGGCUAUGCCAAGUGUGACGAGUACAUCGAGGCACUGAAGACUGGCAAACUGCAGCAACAGCCAGGCUGCACGGCUGAGGAGACGCUGGAGGCCCUCAUCCUGAAGGAGCUAUCUGUUAUCAGAGACCAUGCCGGCAGCGCCUGCCUCAGAGAACUGGACAAAACCAACAGUCCUCUGAUUAUGGCUCUGUGUGGCUCCAAAGGAUCCUUCAUCAACAUCUCCCAGAUGAUUGCCUGUGUGGGCCAGCAGGCUAUAAGCGGCUCUCGAGUGCCCGACGGCUUUGAGAACCGCUCGCUGCCACACUUUGAGAAGCACUCUAAACUUCCUGCGGCUAAAGGCUUUGUGGCUGACAGCUUUUAUUCAGGCCUGACGCCCACGGAAUUCUUUUUCCACACUAUGGCUGGUCGAGAGGGCUUGGUGGACACCGCUGUUAAAACAGCAGAGACCGGAUACAUGCAGAGACGUCUGGUGAAGUCGUUGGAGGACCUGUGUUCCCAGUAUGAUCUGACGGUACGGAGCUCCACUGGUGACAUCAUCCAGUUUGUCUAUGGAGGGGACGGCCUGGACCCGGCCGCCAUGGAGGGGAAAGAUGAACCGCUGGAGUUCAACAGAGUUCUGGACAACAUCCGGUCGGUCCAUACGUGUUCAGAGCAGCCAGCCCUUAGUAAGAAUGAGUUGGUCCUGACAGCAGAGUCCAUCAUGAAGAGGAGUGACUUCAAGUGCUGCCGAGACAGCUUCCUCGAGGCCUUGACAGACACGGGCUCAGAGAAGUAUAUGGAGGAGAUCAAGAAGUUCAUCAAGGCUACAUCUGAGAAAAUCAAGAAGACCAGGGAUAAAUAUGGCAUCAACGACAAUGGCACCACAGAGCCCAGAGUUCUGUAUCAGUUGGACCGCAUCACUCCCAGCCAGCUAGAGAAGUUUCUGGAGACCUGCAGGGACAAGUACAUGAGAGCUCAGAUGGAGCCGGGCUCAGCAGUAGGAGCCCUGUGUGCCCAGAGCAUUGGGGAGCCUGGCACCCAGAUGACCCUGAAAACCUUCCACUUUGCUGGGGUAGCCUCCAUGAACAUCACCCUGGGGGUCCCACGCAUCAAGGAAAUCAUCAACGCCUCCAAGAACAUCAGCACACCUAUAAUCAGCGCUCACUUGGAUGUUGACGACGAUGCAGACUUUGGCCGACUGGUGAAAGGGAGGAUUGAAAAGACCCUUCUGGGAGAGAUUUCAGAGUACAUUGAAGAGGUGUUUCUGCCAGACGACUGUUUCAUUCUGGUCAAGCUGUCACUGGAGAGGAUCAGACUGCUUCGACUAGAGGUGAAUGCAGAGACAGUCCGCUACUCUAUCUGCAUGUCUAAGCUGAGAGUGAAGCCUGGAGACAUAGCUGUACACGGGGAGGCAGUGGUCUGUGUAUCUCCCAGGGAAAACAGCAAGAGCUCCAUGUACUACGUCCUCCAGUCUCUAAAGGAUAACCUGCCCAAGGUGGUGGUACAGGGUAUCCCUGAGGUGUCCAGAGCUGUCAUUCACAUCGACGAGCAGACCGGCAAGAACAAGUACAAGCUGCUGGUUGAGGGAGACAACCUACGCAGCGUCAUGGCAACCCACGGUGUCAACGGCAACAGGACCACCUCAAACAACACCUAUGAGGUUGAGAAGACGCUUGGUAUCGAGGCUGCUAGGUCCACCAUCAUCAAUGAGAUCCAGUACACCAUGGUGAACCACGGCAUGAGCAUCGACAGGCGACACGUCAUGCUCCUGGCAGACCUCAUGUCCUAUAAGGGUGAGAUCCUAGGUAUCACCAGGUUUGGCCUGGCUAAGAUGAAGGAGAGCGUGUUGAUGCUGGCGUCCUUUGAGAAAACUGCCGACCAUCUCUUUGAUGCUGCGUACUUUGGUCAGAAGGACUCAGUCUGUGGUGUAUCUGAAUGCAUCAUCAUGGGAAUCCCCAUGAACAUCGGUACAGGACUGUUCAAGCUCUUACACAAGGCUGAUAAGGACCCCACGCCACCCAGGAGACCCCUGCUCUUCGACAGCGCCGACUUCCACAUCCCCUUGGUUACAUAGUAGAACCCUGGACUCAUGUCUGUCCCAGUAGAACCCAGGACUCCUGUCUGUCCCAGUAGAACCCAGGACUCCUGUCUGUCCCAGUAGAACCCAGGACUCGUGUCUGUCCCAGUAGAACCCAGGACUCGUGUCUGUCCCAGUAGAACCCAGGACUCGUGUCUGUCCCAGUAGAACCCAGGACUCGUGUCUGUCCCAGUAGAACCCUGGGCUCGUGUCUGUCCCAGUAGAACCCUGGGCUCGUGUCUGUCCCAGUAGAACCCUGGGCUCGUGUCUGUCCCAGUAGAACCCUGGGCUCGUGUCUGUCCCAGUAGAACCCUGGGCUCGUGUCUGUCCCAGUAGAACCCAGGGCUCUGUCUGUCCCACACCCAACAUCUAAUAAUGUAAAAUAAUAUGGUCAUUUAGUAGAUGCUUUAAUCCAAAGGCAGCUACAGUUACAUAGUGGCACGUCUGCAGUAUAUGUGGCCAUUGCGGGAAUCAAACCCACAACCCUUACUGUACUGAUCUGAUCAAGGCACUCUCACCUCAUUGUAUAUGCUUCUUUUGCUAUCAAUGAGUGUGUGUGUGUGUGUGUGUGUGUGUGUGUGUGUGUGUGUGUGUGUGUGUGAUGGAGCAAAGAGAGCAUGGGGCACAUACACAAGGAGUGCCUUAACGUGAAGCUUUUGUUUUCUCUCCAUGAAGCUUCAUAUAACCUCUUCCUUUGGCUUUCUGUUUAUUGUGUUAUUUUAUACCACUUCUUCUCAUUCACAGGACUACAGAGAGAAGUGCCUGUCAAAACGUCUCCAGCUCUUCCACAAUGGAAGACUGAUGUUCACCUGUUUUUAUUUGUUUAGUCAUGGCCUCAUGUGGACUCAUGUUCCUCGUUUGUUUUCCAUGCUUUCCCUUUCUGAAUUUACAAUAAAGUGUGCUUGACGCUGGAAAGA